UACAGACUAAAAAAAAAGUAGCCGGCAAGCUGCACAACUUUGUUGACCACAGUCCUCCCAGGAAAGUUUUUGAGCGUGGACUGCUGGCGGGCGACGCUGCCGACUCACCGGAGCAGCCUCCAUUCACGAGCCCGCCCCACAGUACUCGAUUCCCGGCUGACUGACACCCAGGCUGCCUCCUGUCAGAUCCUGCUUCAAGUCCUGGCUUACAAACAAACAACCGCAAUGGCCGACCACUUCGACUGCGACAACUGCAAGGAGUCCCUGUACGGACGCAGGUACAUCCAGUCGGACGACAGCCCCUACUGCAUCCCCUGUUACGACAGCCUCUUCUCCAACACGUGUGACGAGUGCAAGGAGCUGAUCGGCCAUGACGCCAGGGAGCUGUUCUACGAGGACAGGCACUACCACGAGCACUGCUUCCGCUGUUUCCGCUGCGACCGCUCCCUGGCGGACGAGCCCUUCACCAACCAGGAGGACGCGCUGCUCUGCAAUGACUGCUACUGCAACGAGUUCUCCUCCAAAUGCGUCGCCUGCGACAAGAUUGUCAUGCCGGGUACGAGGAAGCUGGAGUACGCGGGGUCCACGUGGCACGAGGGCUGCUUCAUCUGCCACAGCUGCGAGCAGCCCAUCGGCUCCAAGUCCUUCAUCCCUGAGAAAGACGAGCACUACUGCGUGUCGUGCUACGAGGACAAGUUUGCGCCGCGCUGCACUCGCUGUAAAAAAACCUUGGCGAAAGGCGGUGUGACCUACCGGGACGAGCCGUGGCACAAGGAGUGUUUCGUGUGCAGCAGCUGUAAAACGCAGUUGGCCGGCCAGCACUUCACCUCGCGGGACGACAGCCCGUACUGCCUCAAGUGCUUCGGCAGCCUCUACGCCAAGAAGUGUGAGGCCUGCAGCAAACCAAUCACAGGUUUCGGCGGGGGGAAGUACAUCUCGUUCGAGGACCGCCAGUGGCAUCAGCCGUGCUUCACCUGCUCCCAGUGCUCCGUGUCGCUGGUGGGCGCCGGCUUCUUCCCCGAUGGGGAGCGCAUCCUGUGCCGCGACUGCCACAACAGCCGAUAAAGAACCCCCGAAAUCCUGCUUCCACUCGUGUCACAGCCUUUUUGCCUGAAGCCAAAGUCGUUACCCGGCAAGGUAAAAUCAGGCCAACGAAUGCAAAAAAUGGUAUUGUAUGGACCACCACACAGCUUUGCUGCUUCUGUAGUGCCUUAAAGCAACAUGAUAGUCGGCAUUUUUAAGAGGCGGGACUCUGGUGUAGUGCAGUUUAUCCUCUGGAACUGCAUUUUGAAUGUUUGCUUUCUCUCACACGAUCAGUUAUCGCCACCAUCAUCAUCAUCAUCAUCAUCAUCAUCUAUACGAAUUUAUACUACUUUGUCAAAAAAAAAAAACCUAAAGGAAAAAUCAUUAUGAGCUUUACAAUAAGGGCAGCCUUUUGGAUGGUGUAUAAAUUGGUUAUUAACAUGGUUGGUAAUGCUUUAUAACCGGGGUGACCAAAGUGCGGCCUGGGGGCCAUUUGAGGACGCAGCUGGGGUUUUUUUUGGUCCCACGGCACAUUCUUAAAAAUAUCAUUUUUAUUAUCUUCCUAAAUGGAAAAGUCAGCAGUAAUUUUACAAGAAUAAAGUCAAAAUAUUAAGAGAAAAUCUCACAAAAAAGUUAUAAUUUUAUGACAAUAGCGUUGUAUUAAUAUGACUAUGAAUAUCAUUUAAUUAGCAUAAGGUUUAAAUAUUUAAAAAAAACUUCAAAAAAUUGAAAUAUUUUUAAAAGUUGGAAUAUUACGAGAAGCAAACAAAACAACGAAAUAAGUUCUUUGCGGAAAAAGUUAUAAUGUUACGAAAAUAAAGUCAAAAUAUUUGGAAAGUUUAAAAAAAAACAGCAGAAAUAGAAAUAAUAAAAAAAAAAAAUGAGCAAAAUAUUAACAGAAAAAAGUUGUAUUCAAACGGGAAAAAAAGUAGCAAUUUGAUGAGAAUAAACUUGUAAAAUUAUGAGGAAAAAUAAUGUAAUUUUAGUAGCAUGGAGUUGAAAUUUUAAAGAAAAAUACUUUAUUUUUUAAAAGCUGUAAUAUUGUGAGAAACAAACAAAACAAAAUUAAGUUGGAAUUUGUGGAAAAUCAGGUUGGGGAACUGUUAUACUUAUAUAAUGAUAGAUUUUGUAAUAUGGGAACAAAGUCCAAAUGUUAUGGGAAUAAACUCAUAAUAUUACGAGAAGAAAACGGACAAAGAUUAUUUAAAAAGAAAGUUGAAAUAUUUGGCCAAUUGAAAAAAGUAAAAAUGGGGAAAAAAGGCCGAAGUUCACACAAAUGAUGUGCAUUUUUUUCUUGGAAUAUAUAACUUGUUAGUAUAUCUGCAUGUGUUGGUUUACAAAAUACAUGCAUCCUUUCAUUUUUCACUAUGUGGCCCUCGCUGGAAAAAGUUUGGACACCCCUUCUUUAUGAAGACGUAACCCACUCUUAUAAGUGUGUAAACCCUUUAUGAGAGUACCUAUCAAAGUUAUUAACUACGUUGAUCAUGCUUUUAGUCAUAUGAUAUGCUGGUGAUCGCCUGAAACACCUAAUUGUGAGCCUAAUGGUGAAAAUGAUAGUUUAUAACUGUUUAUUGAGGAUUUACAAAGCGUUUAUAACAGCAUGAUGAACUUACUAAUGGCCAAUUUAUAUAAGAGAUUGCAAAGUGGCGCCAAACUUUCCAUCGGUUUGGAUGUACUGUACGUCAUGAUCAGUAAAGUGAAUUUGCACUUCUGGACUAAGAUAGUCUACUGCUACCAUUGUUGCGUGCACAUAAACACACACAGUACAAUACAAAAAAAAAAAAAACACCGCACAAAACCACUUUUUUGUCAUUUUUCUGAUUGCUGAACGAUGCUUAUUUUUUAUUUAAAUUUUCCUGCUCCUUUUGUACGAUGAAACUUCUUUUCUUUUUUAAUCACCAUCUCUCUAAGGGAACAUUUUUACAUUUUAUCCCGUAACACCUGACCAUGCUGGCACUCGUCCUGUGAUACCAUUUUGUCCCUCAAGAGGUGCUAGUGAGCGCUUGAAGUGCUGACUUGACAAUCGUCAUUAUUUGUUUCUCCACAUGUGGCAAAGUUCUGUUCCAACUGGAAGAACGUCAAAAGUCAAGUUCAGCUAGCUAGCCCGGAAUGCUUGUGUUUGCUCUUAAAUACUCGGACACCAAUUAUUCUGGUACUCUGCUGCCCCCUUUAGGUCUGGAGCCUUUUCCACGGUUGCUUCCAGAUUAAACCUAGAAGCAUCCAGCAAUUAUAACCUAAAGAGGCUGCCUUACUUUGAUGUGUCAUGUCAGCGUAUGCAUGUCUUACUUUAUUUUUGUGUACUUGUCUUAUUUUUCUCUCCUUUUUUACAUUUUUGUUAUUGUAACGUAUGUGACAAAAGUAUUACAAAAUCUAUAUAUUUCAUCAUUUCAGCUUUGAUGCUGGUGAGUCAGAGUUGGCAAAUGUGCUUUUUUUUUUAAUAAGAAGAAAAAAAAGAGACGUCAUGGAGGCGUUUUAUCGGUAUGAUGUUACUGUAAAUCCAAAAUGUCAACGAAUCCUGCAGUGGUGGUGAGUUGUGUUUGUCGGUGGCAAAUAAAGGGAGUAAAGCAUU